AUGCACGCCACGCACCGCCCCACACGCUUGAGGCCUUCUUCUUCCAGACCACUGGCUGCCAAGGUGGUCUUUCUCGCCCUUCUCGGCGUGGCCGUCUUCUCGUUCAGCCGCGGCGGCAGCGGCGGUUGCGGUGGCAAUGCAGGUGGCAGCGGCGCCGCUGCCAACUCGACGGCCAGGCCGCCGCAGCCGCUGCUCAUGCUCAUGUCCUCCCGCUCCGGCAGCAGCCUGAUGACGGAGGCGCUCAACCUGCACCCGCGCAUCCUCUUUGUGACCGAGCUAUUCAACAACGAGACGGACUGGCAUGUGGGGACCACCCCACGGGCGGAGAAGUUUUACCAGGGCCGGUACAGGUCCAUCUAUGAGCGGUACCAGGCCCAGAACGUGGAGUACACCAUGCCCGACAAGGCCUACGACCAGCUGCGGGCGGUGGGCUUCAAGCUGCGCCCGCUGGAAGCGGGCGUGCGGCCCGGCUCCGAGGGCUGGCGCGUGCUGGAGCGGGUGCGCCCCAAGAUCAUCUGCAGCCACCGCAGGAGCCAGGUGAAGGGGUCGCUGUCGCACCUGCGGGCGCUGGAGCUGAAGGUCCGCUGUGGCACGCCGAACGUCAUCCAGCGCAUGAACUGCUCGCUGCCGGCAGACUGGGUCCCCUCGGUAGAUGAGUUCAAGCAGCAGUUAGUUGGACGCAUACACGAGGCCCAACAGUUUAUUGAUCUGUGUCAGCAAGCGGCCGGGAGCUUCCACACGAUGUUCAUCGCGUACGAGGACCUGCUGGCCGACAUGCCUGGCACCAUCGAGCGCAUCCUGAGGUUUGUCGGCAUGCCGGCGGCUGACGCCGAGCCCUUCAUGGCGAAGCUUCGCAGCAACUCGCUGCCCAUUGGGGUGGCAAAAAACACGCCCGACAACCUGGCGGAGCUGCUGCCGCCAGCCAGCCUGCAAGAGCUGCGGUCUGCGACCGAGGAAGCUCCUCUCCUGCGGUUCAUUAAUACUCAAUGCCAGCGUGACGCAAGUGUGAGUAAACGCCGCACAGUGCAGGGCUGUCGCAACGCCGGCAUGCAUGUAGUGCAGCCUCCUGCGGACAAACCGCUUGGCGUCAAGCUGAUGCUCCUCAUACUGCUGAGCGUGGGCGUCUUCUUGUUGAGCCUUGGUAGCGGGGGGCAAGGCGGCGGCGGCGGCGGCGGCGGCGGCAGCGGGGCGCAACCCGAGGCCAAGCAGCAGCCGCAGCCGCUGCUCAUGCUCAUGUCCUCCCGCUCCGGCAGCAGCCUGAUGACGGAGGCGCUCAACCUGCACCCGCGCAUCCUCUUCACCUCAGAGCUUUUCAACGCCAAGGGCGACUGGCUGGGCGCCAAUCCGCGGGCAGCCAAGUAUUUCAGCGGCAACUAUGUCGCUGUGUACGAGCGGUAUCGCAACCAGAGCAUCCAGUACACUGUGCCCGCCAAGGCUUACGACCAGCUGCAAGCGGUGGGCUUCAAGCUGCGCCCCCUGGAAGCGGGCGUGCUGCCCGGCUCGGCAGGGUGGCGGGCGCUGGAGCGGGUGCGCCCCAAGAUCAUCUGCAGCCACCGCAGGAGCCAGGUGAAGGGCACGCUGUCGCACCUGCGGGCGCUGGAGCUGACAACGCGCUGCGGCACGCCAAACGUCAUCCAGCGCGUCAAAUGCUCGCUGCCGGCCAACUGGGUCCCCUCGCCAGACGGCUUCAAGGAGCUGCUGGUGCUGCGCAUGGCCGAGGCCCAGCAGUUUAUCGAUCUGUGCCAGCAAGCAGCGGAGAGCUUCCACACGCUGUUCGUCGCGUACGAGGACCUGCUGGCGGACCGGGCCGGCACCAUCGAGCGCAUCCUGAGGUUUGUCGGCAUGCCGGCGGCCGACGCCGAGCCCUUCAUGGCGAAGCUCCGCAGCAACUCGCUGCCCAUCGGCAUUGAGAAAAACACGCCCGAUGACCUGGCGGAGCUGCUGGCACCAGGCAGCCUGCGGGAGCUGCGGGCAGCGGCGGAGCAGGUGUACGCCAGCGAGGCGGCCACGCUGUUCUUAUAGCGCCCCCAGCAGUGUAUGUUAUCGUGCCCUGGCCCCGCUGCUGCCGUGCACGCGUGGGCAGCGGCAGGCGCGCGCUUCCUCACGAUUUGGUGCGGUUUGCUCAUGCCGCUUGCCUAGCUGUAAUUGUAACUAAAAACGGAUUGGC